UCACCAUCUCAUUUCCGUUUGCAGGUUUUAUCGAAACCCUAGUCUGGACCAGUGAGGGAGGGUGAUCGAUCGGCACGGCGAAAGGAAAGCGAGUCGAAGGGCCAAUGGAGGAGGGCGGCGAGAGAGAAAUCCAAGUCCGAAGCCUCUCCGGCGAAUCCAUCACCGUCUCCAUUUCCCCAAGCAAAACCAUCCGAGAUCUCAAACUCCUGCUCUCGCAAAUGUUCCCUCCCGCUACCUCUCCCAAUUUUCACCUCUUCCUCAAGGGUGUAAAAUUAGGGUUGCAGAGUCAGAUAACCAGCCAUUCAAUUGAGUUAGGAGAAUUCAUGGUUCUAGUUCCAUAUACAAAGAAAAGCCAGAAACAAACCCAGCAGGUUGACAGAGCUGCGACAUGCUUGCAAGGCCAAAAUGAUUGCUCGACCUCACGUGCUGCUGAUUCGCUAUGGUCUGAUACAAUGCAGGACCUUUCUUUUCUAUGUGAGAUAACAAGAAAGGGAAAUCAACAAAACAUUGAAUCUAAACAUGUGGAUUCUGUGGAUAGCAAUGAUGUGACUGGAAAGUCUGCCGUUAAUCAAUCUUCAAAAACCAGAGUCAAGAAAAGGUUCAGUUGCGAUAAACAGGAAGGUCAUUUGGACAACCUGGUUAUCAGUAUAUUGCAGUCGUCUGAGAACACUCUGCUUGAUCAGCGGAACUGUGAAAGGCUUAUGCAGGUUUUGGAAUCAGUGAAUUGUUUAUCUGACUCACAUUCUGGGAGCUGCAUGUUAAAGGAGGCGCAUUUAGAGGAUUGUGAUGCAAAUUCACAUGCAAAUAAGGACAAUAUCUGCCUUUGCCCCAGUUGGCUGAGGAACAUGAUGAAGGCAUUUUAUUUCUUAAAUAUUUAUUCGGGGCAUCUGCAAUUGCAGAGGGAAAAAAUCACCUCAACUUGUUUGAAAGAAGCACUGAACCAACUUAGCAUAUUUGGACUUCAAGUUGGUAUUGCUGAUCUGGAGCAUCUUUCUGUACUUUUUCCUAAGGUUGUAAGCUUUGUUAAUGAUGAACUAUCUGUUGCCAAUUUCCCUGAUGCCCUUGUUAUUAUCAAUUCGUCUGAGAAACAGAUGCAACAAGUUGAAGAUACGUAUAAUUCUGUAUCUCAGACUCGUGUGACAAAAUCAAAGAUUGUCAAAGCUAUGAAGAAAAGGGAACGUUCAUUCAGAACAAAUCUCUGGCAUGCUGUUAAAUUAUUAAUUAAGAAGCAUGGUUAUGAGAUGGAAAGGUUCCUUUCAGUGGAGGAUCUGCUCAUGUUUCUGAAGGAAAGUGGUGCUGCUGCAUGUGAAAAUAAAGUAAAAAGGGCACGGAGAAGCUGCUCCGAGACUUUGAGUCGUCAUUCAUUUGAAGCACGAUGCCACCAAACAAACCCAUUGCUACCUGUGGAAAUGGUUGAACAUCUCAGAAGGGGCGUUGGAGCUUGUGAACAGAUAGUGCAUGUUGAAGACAUUGGCGCCAGAGUUGCCAAUUAUGUUGAAAUCCCAAGUGAACUAUCGGAGAAUAUGAGAUCUGCUCUCAAAUGUAUUGGAAUUACUAGGUUGUAUAGACACCAGUUAGAGUCUGUUCAGGCUUCCCUUGCUGGCAAGAAUGUAGUUGUGGCAACAAUGACAUCCAGUGGGAAAUCUCUAUGCUAUAAUCUUCCAGUUCUAGAAGUGCUGUCCCAAAAUUUGUUAGCGUGUUCUUUGUAUAUCUUUCCAACUAAGGCUUUAGCUCAAGAUCAGCUAAGAGCCUUGCUAUCCAUGACAAACGGGUUAAGUGCUUGCUUAAAUAUUGGAAUUUAUGAUGGUGACACUAGUCAGGCGGACAGGAUUUGGUUGCGGGAUAAUGCUAGACUGUUGAUCACAAAUCCAGAUAUGUUACAUAUGUCUAUCUUGCCCUUCCAUGGACAAUUCAGGCGGAUCUUAUCAAAUCUUAGGUUUGUCAUCAUUGAUGAAGCCCAUGCCUAUAAAGGAGCAUUUGGAUGUCAUACAGCUCUUAUAUUAAGGAGACUUCGCCGGCUUUGUUCUCAUGUGUAUGGCAGCAAUCCUUCUUUUGUGUUUUGUACUGCCACUUCUGCUAACCCCCGUGAACAUGCUAUGGAACUUGCUAACCUUCCAACAAUAGAGUUGAUUCAGAAUGAUGGUAGCCCUUCUGGUCGAAAGCUCUUUGUCCUCUGGAAUCCUCCUUUAUAUGAAAAAACUGUCAUGCAAAGAACAAAAAAUAGCAGGGAUGCCGGGGAGUCUUCCUAUGAAAAUGUUACUCUAAAACGUGCAAGCCCAAUUUUGGAAGUUUCACGUCUCUUUGCAGAAAUUGUUCAGCAUGGACUUCGUUGCAUUGCAUUCUGCAAAACACGGAAACUUUGUGAACUGGUCUUAUGCUAUACGCGGGAGAUUCUUCAGGAGACAGCACCUGGCCUAGUUGACUCUAUAUGUGCUUAUCGUGCUGGCUAUAUUGCUGAGGACAGAAGGAGAAUUGAGAGUGAACUGUUUAGUGGAAAACUUUGUGGUGUUGCUGCUACUAAUGCCUUAGAGUUGGGUAUUGAUGUUGGGCAUGUUGAUGUCACUCUGCAUCUAGGCUUUCCUGGCAGUAUAGCUAGUUUGUGGCAGCAAGCUGGAAGAUCUGGGAGAAGGGAAAAGUCAUCACUUGCUAUAUAUGUUGCAUUUGAGGGGCCUCUUGAUCAGUAUUUUAUGAAAUUUCCCCAGAAACUCUUUGGGACUCCAAUUGAAUGUUGUCAUAUUGAUGCUCAAAAUCAGCAGGUGAUUGAGCAGCACCUGAUCUGUGCUGCUGUUGAACACCCAUUGAGCUUGCUUCAUGAUGAGAAUUAUUUUGGUCCUCGCUUAAAGAAUGCAAUAAUGACACUUAAAAGUAAGGGAUACCUGACUUCUGAUCCCUCCCGUGAUUCUUCUGUCAGAAUUUGGAGCUACAUCGGGCAUGAGAAAAUCCCCUCUCAUGCUGUUAGCAUACGGGCAAUAGAGACUGAGAGAUACAAAGUAAUUGACAAGCAAAGGAAUGAAGUCCUUGAAGAGAUUGAGGAAAGCAAGGCUUUCUUUCAGGUCUAUGAAGGUGCUGUGUACAUGCAUCAAGGCAAAACCUAUCUGGUGAAGGAGUUAGAUAUAUCAAGUAAACUUGCUUUUUGCCAUGUGGCUGACUUGAAGUAUUACACAAAGACUCGUGAUUACACAGAUGUUCAUGUCAUUGGUGGUGAAAUUGCCUACCCUGCGAGGAUCUCCAGGAUCCAAUUUCCAAGAACAACUGCCCAGGCAAAUGCUUGCCAAGUAACAACUACUUGGUUUGGUUUCUACCGAAUAUGGAGGGGAAGCAACCAAGUUUUUGACACAGUUGAUCUUUUACUUCCCAAGUAUUCAUAUGAAUCACAGGCUGUGUGGAUUCGAGUCCCACAAUCUAUUAAAGCAGCUGUAGAGAUAGAAAACGUGUCCUUCCGUGCAGGCUUACAUGCUGCAGGCCAUGCUCUUCUUAAUGUGGUGCCUCUGUUUAUAAUUUGCAACUCGUCAGACUUGGCUGCCGAGUGUGUAAACCCUCAUGAUACCCGCUAUAUUCCCGAAAGAAUUCUGUUAUAUGAUCAGCAUCCUGGAGGAACUGGCAUUUCAGCACAAGUUCAGCCGCUUUUCACUGAACUAUUAACUGCUGCUCUGGAACUCGUAACAUCGUGCUGCUGCUCAGGAGAUACCGGUUGCCCAAAUUGUGUUCAAAGUCUAGCCUGUCAUGAAUACAAUGAGGUUUUGCACAAGGGUGCGGCUGUUAUUAUCAUUAAGGGUGUUCUAGAUGCUGAAAAAUCCAACUUUGGUGAACUUUCCUGACUCGGCCAAUCUCUUCAGUGCAGCAUCCAUUAGGUUAACGACAAAUAGAUGGGUAGGAAUUAUCUUAAUUUACCUUGCAUCCAUAGUAGGGGGAUGAAAUUUUGUUCCUUCUCUCCGCCUGCAAUGUCGCUUGGCAAUCACAAUAAAGAUUAAUAUAUCACGUAGGCCUGUACUCGGGCAAUAGUAUA